AUGGCCGAGCCAAAUAAGAAACGACGCCUCUCCGAAGAGGAUAUAUCUCAAGUCUCCAAUACCAAAAUGGAGACUACCACACCCAAAGCCUCCGAAACCCCGGCUGCGAAGCAGCCCAACAAGACACUCUUCGUCCGAUCGCUUCCCGCCUCAGCCACGACAGAAAAGCUCGCAGAGUUCUUCUCAGAGUCCUAUGUGCUCAAGCACGCCACUGUUGUUGUCAACCCGGAGACCAAGGUUUCUAAGGGCUUUGGUUUCGUUACAUUCGCCGACCUUGAGGAUGCCCAAAGUGCCUUUGAGGAGUUGAACAAUGCCGACUUUGACGGCAAGAAGAUUCGGGUCGAAUAUGCGCAACCCCGUCACCGUGAGAUUGACGAGAAGCUGGGCAGGAGUGUUCCUGCUGCUGCUGCGAUUAAGAACAAGCAGGAGCGUGAAGAUCAGAGAACGCAGAACCAGCCGCCUAGGCUGAUCGUGCGCAAUCUGCCGUGGAGCAUUGAGACCCCCGAACAACUUUCCCGACUUUUCCUCAGUUUCGGUAAAGUCAAGCAUGCAGUCCUACCCAAAAAGGGCGACAAGUUGCAAGGUUUUGGUUUCGUUGUCUUGAGAGGCAAGAAGAACGCCGAGAAGGCACUUCAAUCGCUCAACGGGAAAGAAGUUGAUGGCCGCCAAUUGGCUGUCGAUUGGGCCGUUGAGAAGGAAGCAUGGGAAAAGGCCAACGGGGCCACUCAGGAAGAGAAGGAGGAGGAUGAGGAGGAGAAGGAAGAGACUGAGGAUGUUGAUUUAGAAGACAAGGAAGGUUCUGAGGAGGUUUCGGACGAGGAAGCUUCAUCAGAUGAUGACGAGGAUGAGGACAUGGAGGAUCUGGAGGGUGAUCUAGAGAAUGGGGAUGAGGAGGAAGAGGAUGAGGAGGAGAAAGAGGACGACCGAACGGAAUGCACCAUUUUCCUUCGCAAUCUUCCCUUCACCUGCACGGACGAGUCGCUCUACGAACAUUUCACCCAAUUUGGACCGCUCCGAUACGCACGCAUUGUGAUCGACCACGAGACCGAACGGCCCCGCGGCACUGGUUUCGUGUGCUUCUGGAAGGUCGACGAUGCCGUCACUUGCAUUCGCGGUGCUCCCAAGACAACAGAGAUUACCACUGGCGACAAAGAGCGCUCCAAGCCAGCGAUGAAGCACUCCGUCCUACAGAACGAGGAUGCCGAUCCCAGCGGAAAGUACACAAUGGAGGGUCGUAUCCUACAGGUUGCGCGUGCAGUGAACAAGCGCGAGGCUACGAGGUUGAAUGACGAGGGUGUUUCGCGCCGUCUAGUGCGUGACAAGGAUAAGCGCCGCCUCUACCUUCUGUCAGAGGGUACCAUCGCGUCGAAUACGCCCAUGUACAAGAAGCUGUCCCCCUCCGAGAUCAAGAUGCGUGAAGCCAGUUUCAAGCAGCGUGAGACCUUCAUCAAAAAGAACCCGGCUUUGCACCUCAGUCUUACUCGUCUUUCUAUCCGAAAUAUCCCCCGCCAUAUCACUUCGAAAGACCUGAAACAACUUGCCCGUCAAGCCGUCGUCGGCUUUGCUACCGAUGUCAGCAAUGGCGUGCGCGAGCCGCUCUCCAAGGAGGAAAAGUCACGAUCAUCCGAGGAGAUGGAGGAGAUGGAGACUCUGCGGAAAACCAAGAAGCAGGGUAUCGUCCGUCAAGCCAUGAUUGUCUACGAGACUCGCGAGGGCACCAAGGUUCCCGAGAAGGGCGGCGGUGGCCGCAGCCGCGGUUACGGUUUCAUCGAGUACUUCACCCACCGCCACGCCUUGAUGGGACUGCGAUGGUUGAACGGCCACCCCAUUGAUGUCCCCGUCAACAACGAGGAGGAAGACAAGGACCGGAAGAAGCGCCUGGUCGUUGAAUUCGCCAUCGAUAACGCUCAAGUCAUCAAACGUCGCAAGGAAUUGGAAGAGAAGAAGCGUCUCGACAAGGAGAAGAACGCUCAAGAGAAAGAGCAGGAGGGCGACGAAGAGACCGACCAGAAGGGACAGAAGAGGAAGCGUGGAGGCAAGGGCAAGGAGGGAGAGGAACAAGGAGAGGAGGAUGAGGAGGAAGAGAACAAGGUUGCCAAACGCAAUCGCAUCAUCGCGCAGAAGCGCAUGAAGCGGAGGGCUCGUCGGGGCAAGGCGUAA